GUAAUAAAUCAAUGGCAUCACAAGAGUCGUCAGCUGGUUUUGAGCAAGUUGUCUUAGUGAAUUCUGAAUGUGCAAAUUGUGGGGGUUCAGCACAAUAUUUAUGUCAAGCAUGUGGACAAACAGGUCCCCGUUAUUGUUCGUUGAAAUGUCAGAGCGAUCAUUGGGCAAAGGAACAUGCUACUGUAUGCGCGGGUGCGCACUCAGACACGGAGUCUGAAGAUCACGACAGCGAAAGAAGUUCAAGAAACCUUAAAAGAACAAGUAGUAAAGUUUACAGUAGGGGAACUGUCGCACAACUUAUCAAUUUUAGAAAACGACGAUCAACCCCAGAACCACCCGCAUCUCCUACAUUAGAAAGACUACCUAAUUCCAACGAUCUACCUCCGGUAUAUGAUGCUGUUCAAGCUGAUGAAUUCAGGUUCUAUAUGCAUCAAGUCUACAGAAUUAUUAAACCAGUAGUUCUAUGUAUUGUACUAUCCAUUCUUUGGGUAAAAUUAGCCAAAGCACCUUCCUAUUUUGUAAUUGGAAGUAACACUAGUAGUAGUUCAAGUAAUCAAGGAAAUGACGAUUCGCCUUCAUCCUCAAUUUCCUCUUCUGUUUAUAUGGCAGGAAUCCUUAUCGGACAAAUAAUAGUGGCCACAAUUGUCAUUGUAUUUCUAUUUAAAUAUGGGUUUACAAAAGAGCAUUAUAAGUAUUUUUUCAAUACCAUUAGAUUAUAUCACUCUCAUAUUCGCAUUAUGGAAUUUUACAGCAGUGGGUCUUAUAUCUGUUUUUUGGAAAGGCCCUCUACUGUUGCAGCAAGCAUAUCUGACAAUUAUGUCGAGUUUGAUGGUGGUUAUUCUUUGCUAUUUCAA